UGGACUCAAACAGGAAGGCACUUCUUUCUGUGAAGUCGCUUGAUCUAUUUUAAGUUUACUAAUUGCACCAAUCAACAGAAGCUUUGUGGCUGUGACGCUUCCACCACAAAUACAAGUGUCGUGUGUAGACAGCCCUCUGUGACUGUGUGCAGGGGGCGAGUUGUAUUUUUACCUUACACCUAGUGUUACUUCACAGCCUCCUUACGCUGCUUUAUGGAUCACUGUGUGUGCAGUGUUCAUUUACAGAAAACAGUGAGAUGGCUGCAGCUCUGAUCCUCCUUUUCGCUGUCUGUCUCCUGCCAGGUUCUCUGUGUAGAGAGUUUAAGGUCAUUCUGCCGCCGCCGAUUGAAGUUCUGAACGGAUCUUGUGUGACCGUUCCGUGCUCCUUUGACAUAGAAGAGACAUAUGAUGAAGAAUUAGAUCACACAUGUGCUGCAGAAUGGUUUAUUAAUAAAAAAAUUGUGUUUAAUAGUAAAACUGCAACUCCAGAGGAAGGAAAACUCUUAGGAAACUUGACUAACAAAGAAUGCACCACAACCUUGAAUAGGACACCAUUUGAUAACUCAACAUAUGAGUUUAGACUGAAAUGUCAGAUUCUCAUUUAUUCAUUUACUGAACCAACUGUGACUAUUGUAGCCAAAGCUGAUCCUCCACGUCCGACUCUCAGUCCAUCUACACUGGAGGUGAGAGCAGGAGCCUCAGUGACUCUGAGCUGCUCGGCUCCAGCUCCCUGUCUGUCUCUACCUCCACAUAUAACGUGGACCUCUGGCCUCGGGGACAGUCAGGAGACAAUGAAGGAGCUGGAGGACAAAACUCAGGUCAAGACGUCUGUACUGAACGUCACCAUUUCACGCCUGCAUCACAAAAAGGAAAUCUCCUGUACGGCCGCCUACAGCAAAGGAAAUGGAGACACAGCGUCAGCAGUGUCAACUUUAACAGCUGUGGUUUCAUUUCCUCCACAGAUCCUGGACUCAUCUAUUUGCACCACAACUCCAUCAGAGGUCACCUGCUCCUGUGAGACUGAGGGCAACCCUCUCCCCACGGUUUACUGGUAUCUGAAUGGAACACGUCUCAGUCACUCUGACACAUUUACAAUAAGCACAGAGGCUCAUGGUGAUACAGGCCUGAAGAGCAUCAUCACUGUAUGUCAGUCGGACAUGAAGCAUCGUUCCAUCUUGGUCUGCAACAGCUCCAACUCUCUAUCCUCCAUAAGCCAACAUUUAUAUAACAACAGCUAUGAGGAGCAAGGUCACGUUCAAACGACAUUGACAGUCAUCACCGUAUUAGUUGGUUUAUUAUUAGUAAUAUGUGCUUUGCUUGUGAUCAUUGGCAUCAGGACGAAGGCUGCUCACUGCUCCUCACCUAAGAGGCAGAGCACCGGAGGCACCAGCUCAGCAGCUCUCAGCCACUUUGAGUCAAGCACAGAAGCAAAUGAGCUAAACAACACAGAAGAGGAGGCAGUUAAUACGAACCUCAUCCAGAUCAGACAAGCAGACGUUCUCCUUCAUACAAGUGGUGGAGCCAGUAGAGGAUUAGAGAAGAAUGAAGACAGGACUGCUAUGAUUUACUCGACUUUGAUGGUGAAGAGCGAACGCAAAAAGCAGCAGCAGCAGCAGCAGUGAGGCGACUCUACAGACCUGCGUCUGACCAGUAGCUCAUACGCACUGGGAACGGAUGCAGAAACUGAACCAUGAACGGUGGAAAACAAAGUAGAAUGUGAAUAUUCUCAAUUUGAAGCCAUUAGUACAGCAUGUAAAAAAGAAACACGAUACAAACAUUUGCCACACUCUGGACUUGUGUUGAUCUUUCUGGUUCCUGUUUUAUUUUUGUGCUCUUCCGGUUACUGCCGCUCCGUUUCUCUGCCAGAUUGUCACGUGUUAUCACCACUUUCCAGCAUUACUCCUAGAUCAAACCUGUUUAUCUGGCUACCGUACCUGUAUCUCUGGACCUGUGAUUGAAGCCUUUAAUCGUACCUACCUGCCUUAAGUGCUGUGCAUGUGGGUCCGCCAUAUUAAGACGCCUGACAUAUUGUAAUAAAUUUGAUCAUUGCUUGUGGGAGAAAUACAGAGAGUAGAGAGAGCUGGACAGAUAACACGGCCCAGCGCCAGGACUUUACGAGUAGCCGAGAAAAACAUCUACACGUCCUUAUUUGGACAUGUGGAGAGAUUUUAGGAGGUGGUUAAAAGCAGGCCUUCACAGGCUGGGGUUUUCAGAGCGCUUCGCAGAGGGUCCGCUGGUAGCACACAGCCGACCUUUUCCGACCUCUCAGUUCUCUCUGCAGAGGAACAGCAGGUGAAUUGGGUCUCUGCUUCUCUUGCUAUUACUCUUUUGUAAUCAUUCUCUGACUGUAUUCAUUUUCAUAUACAAUGAAUCUGUAUGCUAUUGAUUUAAACCUUAAAGUUGAGUCCGUGUGAAAUCUCUGCCGUGGUUGAAGCAACCAGAAUACGCAACAGAUUUCGGCAUCACUCCAGCAGGCAGGAAAGAGCCGGGUCUGGAGCCGACAGGUGCCCGACUGCAACCAGCCCAAGACUCGUCACUGGUGGCCACAGGUGAGGUGCGCUUAAGCUCUUACAUGACGAUUCUCUGUGUUGGUGGCAGUGUGGGCUGAUGUUGGUUAUAUUAGAAAACUCUAAAGUCUGAUUCGGCUGUUUCUAGAGAAUUAUCUGUGUGGCAAUAGGCGAAGAGAGGCAGUGGAGAAUUUGCUUGUACAAUUUGCUGUAUAUAAAUAUAUAACUAACCAACUGCUUUAUUUGUGUGCUGUGCUUUUAUUGUGGGGAAAAAAUGACAUGGCCUAUUGACCUCUAAACGUUGACUUAAAUGUUAACUUAAGGCAGACGCGGCUUGGACACUCUAAUAUUAGGGGUUUGAAGUCUGUAUUUGGUUAAAGUACAUAUAAAGGCUGGUGCAGAAGGAGUGUGUGUGUGUGUGAGGGAGAGAGGAAAAAAGAGCAGACUGCGGGUGAGUGAGUGAGUGUGUGUGCGUGACUAGAGAGUGGAGACAGAUCCCUGCUCCUCUUACGUGAGUGAAUGUGACGGCAGACUGCAGUGAAACGUUAGUCUUGUUACUAUUAUUAUUACUAUUAUUGUUACUGACAGCAGCUAAACUUCAAAAAAAAAUCUUUUAGUGUGUUUGUUUGACAUAUAUACAUCAUAUCAGGUAGUAGUGACCUGACAUAUAUCCCGUACUUUAUAAAUACUCAUACAUACUUCGUAGAUACCAUAUAUAGGAACCAUGGCUACACAUACUGUAAAGACACAUCUCCAGUUGCGAUACUGGGGAAAAAAUAUCCCCUUCUUGUAGCGGAGAUCCAGAAACAUUCAAAAAGUGUAAUAAGCGAACGCGUAAGGCCACGUCACCCUGGCCAUCCGUUGGAACAUUCGACCGAGAUCAGUGUGCAGAGAUGGGAGUGUUAAUAAAAAAUUAUAAGAUAAAAGAUAAAUCUGCCAAGUGUGUGCAAAAGCAAGAGCGAGAGACUGCAAUGCUAAAACUAUUUACUGACCAGGCCAAGAUGUUGGGGGAGAAAACAGUGGAGCAUGUGAAAAAGCAGCUUGAACUAAAGAAAAAAGAGAUGAAGAAGGGAGGGAAACCUUCCUUACGCUGCACAGAUGCCUGUUCAGGAAAUAAGACUGUUGCUUAGAUUUGGCAGAUCAGGUAAAAGCAUCUACCCGGUUGAGGAGUUAAAAAAGGUCAGGGAGAGAGAGAUAGAGCUAGAUGAUCUAGAGGAGCUGCCUGCAACAUAUGCAAAAGCAGCGCAGCUUGCAGGGAAAGACACUCGCCGCAUUAGUGGAUUGCAUGAUAAAGUAAUGCAGGAUAUUAAACAAUCAGAGUGGGCAGAGGACGGCAGCGAGGCCGAAGAGGAAUGGGAUGGAG